AUGAAUUUCACAGAAGCUAUGAAUGUUGUGCACAACAGAAUCCAUCAACUUGAACCAGAGAAUGCAUCGAAGAUCAUAGGUUAUCUCUUGUUGAUGCAAGAUCAAAACGACCGUGACAUGAUACGUCUCGCAUUCUGUCCAGAUUCGGUGAUGCGUUCUAUGAUCAACUGUGUUAAAUGUGAAUUGGCUAAAAACUCUCAUUACAAUAACAUCCCUUCUUCUGAUCACAUUCAAAUCCGUAAAUUCGGAUCAUUAUCCGGUUCAUCAAACCAAUCUCUUUUGGUUUCUGCCUCUCCUCCUUCGGUUCUCUCUAUGGGAACAAGUUUUUGGGAGAAUACAAACGAUAUGGAUUCAUCAUUGAAAGACAAUGUUCAGUACUUCUUGGAUUUUGAGGAUUCUGUGACCAGUCCUGAAUUCUCAACUAGUUUCUUCUCUCAGAAGAAACAGAGUUUGUCUUUAAGAACUAGUCGAAGAUCACUGAGUUUACCAGAGUUUCCUCUCAAAAUCUGCCAUUACUUCAACAAAGGAUUCUGCAAACACGGCAACAACUGUCACAACAACCUAAGCGACGAAGAGCAUGUUGUUUCCCCUGGAUCACUUGAGAAGCUAGAAAGAGAGAUCAUUGAGCUGCUUAAAUCAAGAAGAGGUGCUCCAAUUUCCAUAGCAUUUUUGCCAAUGAUGUACCACGAGAAGUAUGGUAGGAGUCUUCAAGCUGAAGGAUAUCUCACAGAGUCACAAAGACAUGGCAAAGCUGGUUUUAGCCUCACCAAGCUUCUUGCUCGCUUAAAGAACACCAUCCGCCUCAUCGACAGGCCUCAUGGACAACAUUCAGUUAUACUAGCUGAAGAUGUAUCAAAGUUUGUGGAAUAUACGGGAGAGAGAAGCGAACAUGGAGCAAUCUUAGCUGGUUCAAGGCAGGUUUACUUGACAUUUCCGGCAGAGAGUAGUUUCACUGAACAUGACGUUUCAAACUACUUCUCUGAAGUUGGACCAGUGGAAGAUGUAAGAAUUCCAUGUCAACAAAAGAGAAUGUAUGGAUUUGUAACUUUUGUUUAUAUGGAAACCGUCAAACGCAUUCUUGCUAAAGCAAUCCUCAUUUCAUAUGCGGAGCACGUGUUCUCGUCAAGCCUUACCGAGCAUAAUUAG